AUGGCGACCAUCGAUCCUAACCAAUCCAACGGCGGUUUGGUGCCAGCCGUCCCUAGUCCGGUUGCCUCUCCAUCAGUCGACGCGGGUGCUGCUAUCCCGACGGGUGCGGGUCAGCAGACCGAGGCGACAGGACCUGCAUUCGCCUUCUUCACGCCAUCCUUCGACCUCGCUCUCGCCGCAGCGGUCAUAUCAAUGGCACUGGUUGUCAUUCAUCUCGGCCUGACACUGCGGAAACGAACCAUGUUCUUUGGCCCCGUCAUGACCAUGGCCUCACUGCUGUUCGGGGUUGGCAUGACCUUAAGGCUGAUAAUGGCGAUGGCUCCUGAUGUGCAUCAGCCAUUCAUCGCGUCUUCGCUCCUCUUGAUGAUAACAACCGCCGUUGCUUCGACGGCAGUGACCUUUACAUACACGAGACUGGUCUGGUGGAUCACGCCUUAUGAGCACCGCAACAUCUCCAAGCUCUGGCUGCCUCCUCGAGUGACGUCUUUGAUUCUCGUGGGGCUCGCAAGCAUCGGUGACAUCAUUUCCACCUUGGGCAACGGCCAGAUCAUCAAGCCCCCUCCUGCGCACCUUCAGGCCACAGGUUCUGUGCUCAAGAUGUUGGUGUGGACGGCCUUUUUCGGACUCGUGGCCCGCUUUACCGUUAUAAGCCGUCGUUGGAGUAUGGACGAAGCUACCAGAAAGGGAUCUCUGGAGCUCGGCCUCGCGUUGACCGCGUCGUCGUUCUUCCUGGCUAUCAUUGGUAUCAUGAAUGUCCUCGAAAAAGACGCCCUGGAAACUCUCAUGUCAACUCGCCGACCGGGCUCCAUCAUCACCACGGAGGAGUGGCCCAGCUGGGUCUUCAACUUUCUGCCGACUCUCCUCGUCCUCUCCAUCAUGGCCGUCUAUCACCCAGGCUAUUACCUGCCGAAGCGGCUGACGGGCGGUCGCCUCAAGGGAAAGGAACUUGAGAGCAUGGAGAUGAUCCGUGAUGAGGAGAGUAUCGACGUCGCGUCAGUCAAGAACGGUUGGGUGAUCAGCAGCCCGAAGGUCAUGACGGAGAAGGAAAUCGAAAUUGGCGUGAGCAUGCAGACGUACGAGAGAGCGGGAGGCGUGCCCGUGGCUUAUGCCAGAUGA